UUGGCUUUUUUGUUGUGAUAUAAUAACGUAGUUGUUAAAUAAAUUACACAAAUUGUUAACAACAGUGUAAGUGAAACAAAUUACAAAUCAAUUCGAUGAAUCGUUUUGAAUAGUGAGGAAGUUCGAAUGUUGAUAUUGAGGUAAUGCUAUGGACCAACAGAUUGUCAGCGAACCAAUGGAUUUUAACUACAAAGAAGGAAAUGCAGUAGAUUUCACAAAAACAUUUGAUCUCACUGGCAAUGACAAUGAUCAAAUGCUCAAACUAUAUUUGAGAAAAGCUGGGCUUUCAGAUAAUAUUGAAUACUUGACUUCAGAACAGAGAAGAGCUUUUAUAUAUGACAUUAUAAAAAGUAACAAAAAUCCAGGUUAUUGGAAGCCAAGCGUACUACCACAAACUCCAACACCUUCUCGAAGUCCUUUUCAGAAACCCGCAGUUGAGCGAGAGUCAUCGAUAUCACUUGACUCAAUUGAUGAUAUACCUCCAGCUUCAAUGACAUUUGAUUUAGACAAAUAUAGACAAAAUAAAAAUGCCAACUCCAAUCUUAAUAGAAAGCAAAAUAAUCUGCCUGUUGAACAGAUGCAAAACACUAGAACCACACUUUACGAAAGGCAAUUCAGUCAAAAACAGCACAUUUCAAAUAAAGUUAGCAAUCCACAACCAAAACAGACUGUUUCAAAUAAAGUAAGGAAUCAACAACCACAACCAUCAUCAUCACCAAUUCCUCUCCCAACAACUACGUUAGUUACAAGAAAAGGACGAAGAUUAGAAGUUAGUGGCCCACAAAAUUUCAGACACAUUUCUGGAGACAUGACAAGAGAUAUGACUAAAAAUGCAUUUGAUCUAUCUGGGAAUUUUAAUAGCAAUUCAUUGAAAAAAUACAUGAUUGAGCGAGGUAUCACCGAAGAAGAUGUAAGUGGGUUGGAUCGUAAGGAUUUAAUUAGAAGAAUUGUACAGUCAGAGUAUACUUGGAUGCCCCCUUCAAGACAUCAUGUAGUCCAUACUGUUCCACCGCCACCAUCUAAAACCUAUAUAGCUGCAACACCAAGGUCUCCUUCACCUCCAAGAAAUAUUAAUCUUUCUAAGGGAGGUGCAAUAAUUGUGGAACCACCAAAACCACCUCAGACUCUUGCGCCAUUAGGCGAUGAUAAUAUUUACGAAGAAAUAAUUCCACCUAAGCGAAACACGACAUCAAUUAGAAGACAGCGUAGAAAACCACUUCCACCACCACCACCUCCACCGGUUUCAAGUGAUGUCAAUAAAGUAUCUGAAUCUGUAAACUCACAGCAGAUAACAAAUGGAAAUGAUUUACCUUCAAAGGUGCCAGUAAACAAAUCCAAAUCAUUUAGUGCGGUUCCACCUCCCCCACCACAUCCUCCUCCACCUACAACGGUGUCGACAAAUAAGCCAUCAGUGGGAGUCCCAUCUCCCCCACCACCUCCUCCUCCCCCCAUGCCGAUUGAACAAUCUGCAAAAUUUGAAGCUUGUGCACCUCCUCCACCACCUCCUCCUCCUACAGCAUUAAUGCCAAUCAACGUUUCAAAAGAGUCAUCACCCCAACAACCCCUUACAAAUCCAGGCUCAGUUGAUGGUCCUAAGAAACAACAGUUUAGCCCACAACCUAAAGUGUCGGCGGGACCUCCCCCACCACCUGCACCACCCGUUAAUAUUAUUAAACCAAGUGCACAGUUUAAACCAGCCGAAACUGGAGGUGAACCAGACCGAAAUGCUUUUCUAGAAAGUAUUCGUACUGGCGUAACUCUGAAGAAAGUCACCAAUCAAGAGAAAAAGAUUACAAAUAAUACUGGCACUCCUAGUGCAAUGAAACAGCCUCCACAACAACAGAAAAUUCCUUCGGAUACAAUAAAACAAGCUCCUGUGCAUUCUGAAAAGCCUGAUUUUAUGUCUGAGCUUCGUAAUGCAACCCUUAAGCGUAUUAAAAAGCUUGAACAUAACCCGUAUGCUUCAGAAUCUGAAUGUUAAAUGAGUUCAGAAAGUGUUUUUAUUUUUAUAAACAAUGUUUUUUUUUGUCAGUUAACUUUUAUAAAUCUAUUAAUAAAUAAAACAACUUGCAUAAUA